UAGGUUUCGGGCUAUCGUAUAUAUAACUACGAGUUGGGACAAGCAACCACAAUUUGUUUUCGUUAACCCGACACAACAGACAGACAAGCAAACAGCCAACAUGGUGAACUUUGAGGAAAUCGUCGAGAAGGCAAAGAACUUCAGCAAGACUUUAACCAAGGAGGAUUUCCUGGAAUUCUAUGGCUACUACAAGCAGGCCACAGUUGGCGAUUGCAACAUUGAGGAGCCAGAGGAUGAGGAGCAGAAGGCUCGCUACAACGCCUGGAAGAGCAAGGCUGGUCUGACUCUGGAGGACGCCAAAGCCCACUACAUCGAGGUGUACAAGAAGUAUGCCGCCAAAUACGAGUAGAAAGUGCAUUUAAAGAACCCUGCAAUAGCUCGCAAAUUUAUAUUUUAUUUAUGCCACUAA